ACGCUAGAGCCUCGGGUUUUUUGCGCGGGAAAAGGUAGGAGCUCUUGAGCUCUACUCAGUGUAGCUGGGGUCAGCUGUUUUCGCUGAGGCCGCUGUCCCCCUUCGCACCGCUGUCUGCCAUGGGGCUUCUAGAACUGUGCGAAGAACUAUUCGGCACCGUAGACCUUUAUCAAGUAUUGGGCGUGCGGCGCGAGGCCUCAGACAGCGAGGUCCGACGCGGCUAUCACAAGGUGUCCCUGCAGGUGCACCCGGAUCGGGUGGGCGAGGGCGACAAGGAGGACGCCACUCGCCGCUUCCAGAUCCUUGGGAAGGUCUACUCCGUUCUGAGUGACAAAGAACAGAGAACAUUAUACGAUGAACAGGGAACAGUGGACGAGGAUUCUGAUGUGCUCAGCCAAGACCGGGACUGGGAGGCCUAUUGGAGAUUACUCUUUAAAAAGAUAUCUCUGGAAGACAUUCAGGCUUUUGAGAAGACAUACAAAGGUUCUGAAGAAGAGCUGACUGAUAUUAAACAGGCCUAUCUGGACUUCAAGGGUGACAUGGAUCAGAUUAUGGAGUCUGUGCUGUGUGUGCAAUACACAGAGGAACCCAGGAUAAGGCACAUUAUUCAACAAGCCAUUGAUGCUGGAGAGGUCCCAUCCUAUAAUGCCUUUGUCAAAGAAUCGAAGCAGAAGAUGAAUGCAAGGAAAAGGAGGGCUCAGGAAGAGGCUAAAGAAGCAGAAAUGAGCAGGAAGGAGUUGGGGCUUGAUGAAGGAGUGGAUAACUUGAAAGCAGCCAUUCAGGAGAUGAGCUCUCAUUCUUUCUUACUGAGAAAGCCUUGGAGAAGUAAGCCACCAUGACUACUGCAGCUACAAGAAACUGGAUGCUUCCAAAAACAUGAGCCUCAACAAGAGAACCAGCUCUGACCAACACCCUGAUUGCAGCCUUGUGAGAUCUUAAGUAAAGGACUAGCUGGCUGUUACUGGACUUCUAACUCACAGAUCUGUGAUACAAUAAAUGUGUAUUGUUUGAAGCUGCUAAGUUUGUGUUAAUAUUUUGUGCAACAUAGAAAACCAAUACAGACAAUUGUUAAGACAUUAAAUAUACAUUUAACCAUAUACUCUGACAGUUCCACUCCUAGAAAUCCACCCAAAAGAAAAGGAAAUAUAUGUCAAAAUAUAUACCUUGUACCCUAGUGUUCAUAAAAGCACUAAUAGACCAAAAAUGAAAAUAGUCCAAACAUCCAUCAACAGAUAAAUGGACAAACAAGUUGUGGAACAGUGGAAUACUACUUAGCAAUAAAAGGAAUAAAUUAUUGCCACAUGGAUGACUCUCAGAAAGAUUUAUACUGGGAGAAAGAAGAUGAUAAAAAAAAGAGUCAAUACAAUGUGAUUCCAUUUAAGCAGGUAAGUUGUCACUUAAGGAUAGUGGGUUGGGCAAGGGUAGGAGGGAGGGAUUACAAGGUCAUGAUUUUUGUGGGUAAUGGAUAUGUGCACUGUAUUGACUAUCCUAGUUACACGGCUGUAUAUACAUAAAUCAACUUAUUAAAUUAUAUACUUUAAGUUUUACUGGUUUAUUGUAUAUCAGUUCUUCAAUAAAGUGGUUUUUAAAAUGUAU